CUUCUGCUCAAGGGACUUACCUUUAGGUUUCUGUGGUGAGACACCAAAUGCACUCAACUUCCUCUUUCAAUAACAAAUUUGUCAGUUAUCAGUAGGCUGCGAGCCACCAAGAGUUAGGCUUUUUCACCACCAACUCCCUGCAAAGAAACAAGCCCAGCAAGGCUCCAAGAAGCCUGUAUCUCCCAGAGAAUACUGUAAAUAUAUUUAUAACUAUGUUGGAUUGUAGGUUAGGAAAGAAGAAAAUAUCCCAGAUGACAAACUCUGUUAAAAUUAUUUCAAUCUCUUCAAAGGCAUUUCUUGAUCUUUUGAAAGCUGUAUUUUGACCCAAUUUCAGACCUACUAGAUAGCAGAGCUCCCAGAAAUGGUGCCUAUCUUUUCAGCAAUUAUCAUUCUUAUUAUGUUGAGUGCUAGCAACCUUUCUGGUUCUGAGCUAAGAUGAAUGAAUCUAAAGAAAACUUCCAGUUGAGGAAUUCUUCAAGGUGAAUUGUGCCACAACAGUUGGUACCAGGAUCAUUUUGGAUAUAAUGAUAACAAGCUUUGUGGUGCAUUUUGGAUGGAGUGGUCUCAGUCCCAAGAAUCCUGCAAGUGGGAAUAUUUUUUAUUUUUUUUUUCCAAAUGGCUGUGGGAGUCAUUGUCCUUUCUAUUAUUUGAGGAGGUUAUCCCUUAGCAAUUGCAACACAGUGAAAUUAUUCACUGUUAAAAAAUAUGUGAUAUGCUGAUAUAUUGAGGUGGAAAAUGGCCUGAAAGAAAAUAAAGUCAUGCAUUUGGUGCAAUAAUGUUUGCAACAGUUCCUGUCGAACAAAGGUCCUUCUUUAGUCAAAAGCAGUUCUUUUUUUGGGUCAACUGGAAAAAUUGUUGAAUUUAAAUUGUACAAACUGUGUAAAUCGUGGCAGUUGUGGAACACAAGACUUCAAAUGAGUGAAUACACUUCUGGAUGGUUUUGGGUGACUUUUCACAGCUUGUUGUGUUUGAGGUACUAUGAUCCUAAUGUUAUAAAUGAGGAAACUGAAGCCACUAAAUAUGAAGUGAGUCAUUUCAGGCUGGAGAGCUAAUAAGUGAGUCAAGACAUUACCCCAGAUAACAAGCCCACAUGCUGGUCCUAUUAUCAAAGAAAAUAGGAGACACAUAUUUGAUUUUUGAUAUUUGAUAAAUUUGUUCACUUAAUGGUAUUACUGACUUAAUGACGAGAGAUGAAGAGAGGGAGAGGACUGAGAAGCUAAAGCUUUGUAGAACUGAGUGGUUACCUCGAUGCCAGAAGCCUAGAUUCCACACUCUUCACUCUGCCAUUUGUAUAGCACUCAGGGAUUAUAACUUCAUGGCUUACCUUGAUAAAUGCUGAAAUAUUCAAGAUGAGCAGCAACAGUACCAGCGAUGCUGAGACUAACUGCAAUGAAACAAAUUUGACAUUUCAUUACCCUCUCUACGCAACCACCUACAUCCUCAUAUUCAUCCCUGGUCUACUGGCCAACAGUGCAGCCUUAUGGGUUCUGUGCCGCUUUAUCAGCAAGAAAAAUAAAGCCAUUAUUUUCAUGAUAAACCUCUCUGUGGCUGACCUUGCCCACGUGCUGUCCUUACCCUUCCGGAUUUACUAUUACAUCAGCCACCAUUGGCCUUUCCAGAGGAUCCCUUGUCUGCUAUGCUUCUACCUGAAGUAUCUCAACAUGUAUGCCAGCAUUUGUUUCCUGACAUGCAUCAGCCUUCAGAGGUGCUUCUUUCUCCUCAAGCCCUUCAGGGCUAGAGACUGGAAACGUAGGUACGAUGUAGGCAUCAGUGCUGCCAUAUGGGUCAUCGUGGGUACUGCCUGUUUGCCAUUUCCCAUCAUGAGAAGCACAGACUUAGCCAACAACACUGACUCUUGCUUUGCUGAUCUUGGUUACAGGAAAAUGAAUGCAGUGGCUUUGGUUGGGAUGAUUACAGCUGCUGAACUGGCAGGAUUUGUGAUUCCAGUAGUCAUCAUUGCAUGGUGCACCUGGAAAAUGACUAUAUCCUUGAGACAACCACCUGUGGCUUUCCAAGGAAUCAGUGAAAAGCAAAAAGCACUGAGGAUGGUUUACAUGUGUGCUGCAGUCUUCUUCAUCUGCUUCACUCCCUAUCAUAUUAACUUUAUUUUUUAUACCAUGGUAAAGGAAGCUAUCAUUAGCAGUUGUCCCAUUGUCCAAAGCACACAGUAUUUCCAUCCUUUCUGUCUAUGCCUUGCAAGUCUCUGCUGCCUUUUGGAUCCGAUUCUCUAUUACUUCAUGGCCUCAGAGUUUCGUGACCAACUAUCUCGCCAUGGCAGCUCUGUGACUCGUUCCCGCCUAAUGAGCAGGGAGAGUGGUUCGUCAAUGAUUAGUUAAAAAUAAAACAGCUCUUGAUUAUG